AUGGGUGCUGCUCCUUCCAAAAUCGUGGAUGGCCUUUUAGAAGACACAAAUUUUGAUAGAGAUGAAAUUGAGAGGUUGAGGAAAAGAUUUAUGAAAUUAGACAGAGACAGCUCUGGGUCCAUUGAUAAAAACGAGUUCAUGAGUAUUCCAGGUGUUUCUUCGAACCCCUUGGCAGGUCGUAUAAUGGAAGUUUUCGAUGCUGAUAAUAGCGGUGACGUGGACUUCCAGGAGUUCAUUACCGGGCUAUCCAUCUUUAGUGGGCGUGGGUCCAAGGACGAGAAACUAAAGUUCGCUUUCAAAAUCUACGAUAUCGAUAAGGACGGAUUUAUAUCGAAUGGUGAGUUGUUCAUUGUUUUAAAGAUUAUGGUGGGUUCUAAUCUGGACGAUGAACAGUUACAACAGAUUGUAGACAGAACCAUAAUGGAGAAUGACGGCGAUGGUGACGGCCGUUUAAAUUUUGAAGAGUUCAAAAAUGCCAUCGAAACCACGGAAGUGGCCAAGAGUCUGACAUUACAGUACGAAGUUUGA